AUGCCGAUGCACUUGACGGACUCCACCAUUGGCUGCGUCGGCGACGGCGUGCAGCAGGGUGGUGACGCCACCAUGCGCGCACACGGCCCACACGCUGUCCGAGUUCUCCGUCAUCUCACGCAGGCAGAGCGCGAGGUGGCUCGGAAGGAGCGCAAGGGGUGGUCCAACCCCAACCUAGGUGCAUGGCUCAUCCUCCGGCCCGCUUGCGACGGCGCGUGGGAGCCCCAGGGCCGCCUCGGGUGCUGGCGCGAGCGCGGCGGGCCUGGCUCAUCCGAACAUCUCGGCUACUGCUUCGACCUCUUCGUCCCCGACGUGGAUCUCUCCGUCCCCAUCGCGGACGCCACCAUCGCCGCGUCCAAGGGCGGCAAGUUCGCGCUCGACCUGACCACCCUGGGCUGCAGCCCUCGCGGCAGCGGCGACUUCAGCCAGUGGCCACAUGGCCACUACCGCAGGUUCGUGAUGUCAGCAGCGGUACAAGGUGAAGGCCGAUGCAGCAAGCCCGCGGUGGAGGUCGGAGUGGUGCACACCGGGUGCGCCGAGGACGCGGUGGCGUUCAUGGCGCGGGUGGCGGCCGAGGACCACCUGAGCAUGGACGCGUCGACACGCACACAGGGUCACAGGCACGCGGGCAUAUCUCCGGUGACCUCCGGCAGGGACAUGUCGAGAGCCACGACAUGCACGCAGUCCUCAUCUUCGGACAUGAGAUCGCAGGGACAACGAGAUCGCAGAUGGUGCGGUGAAGAGCGGAGAGAGACAAGAGAGAGUGUGCCUACAUGCAGCUACAGAGAGACGCGUCCUAUCAACAGCUUUACAGAGAGACCCGGCGUGGAGUAG